UGGUCGUAAUGUGGUUGAAGUGAGUAGUGCAGAAUCUCCCAGAGAAGUAAAUAUAACGAACACUAGCAGCAUUUCCAUUCUGAAGUGUGACAACAAAAUGACUGUGUACUAAUGAACUGUACCAAAUCGAUGUUUUCCACCGACGUAUUUGCCAUUCCUUGACAGAAAUGUAAACAAAGACAAAAUCUCAAAAAGAAUCACGAACUUCUUCUUCACUUUAUUUGAUGAAGACUUUAAUUAUUACUAGUUUCCUGGUCUCGGAGUAUAGGACUUGGGGUUUUUCAAACUGAUACGGGAGAAGAUGCGCAGAAGUAUUACGAUCAGAAGAAGGAUGAUGUCUUCCAGGUUCCACAAUCGCCGCAUGGGUGCUGGCAUAGUGCUCUUGCUUGCAUGCAUGGGCAUCUAUCACCUGCUAGGUGUCUCGACCAUCAAUGACACGGGCGAUCGAGUUGCUGUAAGGAGGAACAUUGAGUCGAGGAUAAAGCCAGAUGCUCAUUACAAAAGAAGCAACCCUACCCAUCUGGCCUGCCAACACCCUUUAUUGGACGUGAACAACCCCGAAAUUUACCGCUUCUUCCAUAAAGUAGAUCCCAUCCAAUGUGGCGAAGAGGCAGAUUGGGUGAAAGUCAAAGGUUCUCAAGCCACCAUCACUGCUAAAGCCAGAGAGGACCAUGGCGGGGACAUUGAAUGCUCUUUCACAGAACUGUUGCGUGAUGGCGAUGAUGCAACGAGACGAGGUUUAACGACUACAACUCAUGAUUAUUUUACUUUCACCAAUUCCGAUUUCUACAUCGUCUCUUGUGUCGGCAAGGAUGGGAAAACGUGGGAAAAUACUGUGGCCGGAAUCAGGAUUGACGAGGAGGUUCGGACCAAUAUUGGUUGGGAAAAAGUCCCAGAGGAUGGGAUUCAUUUGAGUUUCCUCAUGAUUGGUUUUGAUUCUCUGUCACGCAAUACCUUUAUCAGGACUCUCCCCAAGACGUACACCUUCUUGAUGGAGACGCUUGGUGCUUUUGUUUUAGAGGGAUACAAUAUUGUAGGAGAUGGGACACCCCAGCAGUUGAUACCCAUUCUUACAGGUAAGACUGAGUUGGAGUUGCCUGAGGCUCGGCGCAGGAUGGGGGAACGGGCACAGUUCGUGAAUACCUUCCCAUUCAUAUGGAAUGACUUCAAGGCGAAUGGCUAUGUCACUAUGUUUGCUGAAGACCAACCGCAUAUAGGUACCUUCCAGUACCGACUGCGAGGUUUUGAUGCUCCUCCAACUGACCAUUACAUGAGGCCAUUCUUCGUCAAGACCUAUCCUGAAUACAAAAGUCAUCCAAACCUGUGUUUCAGGGCAACUCCAAGACAUAAAGUAUUCUUCGAUUACAUCCUCAACUUCAUGGAUGAAUACAAGAACCAUCCUAAAUUUGGCUUCGCAUUCCAUGCGGAACUCUCCCACGAUGACUAUAACCUCAUCUCCGUUGCUGACCAAGACCUUUAUGACCUUCUCUUCACUCUUCAUAAAGGAGGUCAUCUCAACAGCACCAUAUUAGUUCUAAUGAGCGACCACGGACACAGGUUUGCAACGAUCCGAGGUACGCAGCAGGGCAAGCAAGAGGAACGCCUCCCCUUCAUGUCUAUCGCUCUGCCAAAAGUUUUCAAGGAAAAGUACCCAUCAGCAGCUGACAAUGUCAGAGAAAACAUCCACCGCUUGACAACGCCGUUUGACGUUUAUCCAACUAUGCAGGACGUUUUGCAUUUCUCAGGAGCUCGACUGGGUCAGAUUACGGAAAGAGCCAUUUCUCUCUUUAGCCAAGUUCCAACAUCCCGCACGUGCGCAGACGCAUUCAUUGAACCUCACUGGUGUGCUUGCCUGAGUUGGGAGCCUGUGCAAGUAGAAGAAGAGCGAGUACAGAGAGCUGCUCAGGCUCUAGUUCACUACAUAAAUACAUUUACUGCAUCACACCGUUCCCUUUGUCAGGAGCUAACCUUAGAUAAGAUAACUUGGGCUGGAAGGUUACUGCCUAAUAAAGGACUACUUUCUUACAAACACAGUGCUGAUAUGGAUGGAUUUGUCCCUGACCUAAGUGACUCAACGGCAGUGAGUGAAGUAGUGUUUCAGGUCCACAUACAGACAAUUCCAGGCCAUUCACAGUUUGAAGCUUCCCUCACCUACAGUAUUAGACAAGAUACAUUCUCAGCGAAGAUUGAUGACGUCAGCCGAACCAACAAGUAUGGCGACCAAGCUCACUGCAUUAUGAAGACGCAAGACCAACUACGAAAAUUUUGUUUCUGCAGAGAACCUCCGCCCGCUCCUCCUCAAGAGAAAACAUAAUGGCGACUCAAUGAAGGUUGAGCGUCAUUUAUAUAACCUGAAGAUACAAUGUGCUCAUGUUUAUUCUUGUAUGAAUAUUAACUGCCUGUCAGUGUAAUUGCCUUUUUAUAUGGUUAGCAAUGCUCUGUCAAUAUAGAUGAUUUCAGUGGGAUAUUUAGAGAUACCUGAUUAAAUUUUGUAAGUACAAAAAUUUUUAUAUGAAGACCAAAAGAAAAUGUUUUUAUUCCUGUU